GCCGAGUGGGACUACGACGGUCCCCAACAGACCAGGACGUCGUCCUUCAAGAAAUGCCUGUUCAGGGGGGACCCUUGGCCGGAAUGAGCUUCGCCCAGCUGAAGGCCGGAGGCACGGGCGUGGUCGAGCUCGUCCGUCCUGGGCCGCCUGCGCGCGGUCCGACCCCAUGGACGACGCAACAGCAGCCGCUCACCCCGACCCGGGACGAACCCCUCCACCGAACCCUGUCGCUGCGCCUGGCGACCGGCCGCGUCACGCCGGAGGACCAACACCACCACCAUCACCACCACCAGGCAGCAGCCCAAGAACCGGCAGCACGGACACCGCACACCAUUCUCUACGACGACCUCCUCGCGCGCCACCCCGAGUUCGCCAUUGUCUUGCCCCGGAGGAGGGGGAGGAGGGGGAGGAGAGGAAUGGGGAAGGGAGGCCGAGGGAGGGGCCGAGGGCACCGAAGAAGGCAUUGAGGUUGUAUUGGCAUUGAAUACGGAGGAUAUGACGGCGCUCGAGCGGUAUCCUGUCUGGGCGAGUUUCCUUGCUUGACAGGUGUGCAUGUCUGACGCGGGCUACCUUCGUUAUCGAGUCCACUUCGUGAGGUCGCGGUCAUCUUUUGCAACGCCACGUCGCGUCGCUUGCGAGGGUCGGUUGAGCUCUUGCACUUCUUGGAUUGCGCAAUGGCCGAGCAAGGAAAAAAAAUCCGUUGACUGAUGGACUCGAC